GUUGUGUUCGUAAUUAAGAGGGAAAAAAGACUGAUCGGCCAAACCGAAGGAUCGCUAUGGCUUGGUAUGCCUGCGGCUGGUUUGGUAUCCCGACCCAAUCACUGCCGCUGCUGAUUGGGAUCGUUGCCACGUGGGACCUUCUCCCUUGCUUCUCGUGCGCGGAAGGAGCGGCUGCGAAGUUCAUGCCAGGAGUCUCGGUCGUCCGCAGGGACGACCGGAUGGGCGUGUCGUCGGCAGAAGCACGACCGGUCGCUAGCCCUGAUCGCCUCCUGGAAGCCUCUGCAGGCCGGUGGGAGCCGAUCUCCCUGCACCCGUUGUUUGUCAAGGAGAAGAGCGGGCCGCUUGUGAAGCACCCCGUUAUGCGUGCUAGUGGUGACGCUUAUUGGUGCGGAUCUGCUAUAUUCCAUCUCGUGGUGGCAGAACCCGCCCAACUGGACAAAGAAGUGGACAAAGCCAUGAUUUAUUAUGGCGAUAUCAUCAGGAACGCAAGUUUCUCGCUGGCUGAUCGAGCACCGUCUCUCUUGAAUGCUAACGACAACAACACGCUCGUAACCUACUGGUGGCCGGCUUCCUCGCCCAAUGGGACAAAAGUCUUUGAGCGGCCAUUCCUGAAGUUGGGGGUGAACAUGGGCUCUUGGGUGGUUCAAACGACCGUCUUCUACUACGGCCUGGACUUGUCGAGAUCGCAGAGCAACCUGGUCGUCAGUUCUCAGCCCUACGAUGUCGACGGCAAGCGCAUCAUCACCUCUGUCUCUGUGAUAGAUGGGUCGCGCUCGUCAAUCGAUCCGGGUGUGAGCUCGCUGCAGAGCUUGGCCCUCGACCCCGCCAACAACACCCUGUACAUAUCCGACAACUCCGAGACGUCCCCGACGAUCCUCUCCAUGCCUGUGUCCGACUCAGGUCUUCCCACAGCUAGGCGCGACCAGUCCCAGGUGCUCAGCACGUUUGGGGAUACCAGCGUCUCGUCGAUUUACUUCGGUCCCUACAGCUUCGUCUCGGGCGGGAGCUGCAUGUACUUCCGCGACGACGAGCAAAACCGCGUGUGGGGUUUCGAUCCCCACCGCUCCUCCUCCACCUUCAACGUCACGCUGGUGGCAGGAUCGGCACUCUCGGGGGAGCGCGGCGUGCAGAAUGUCGAUGACGCCAACACCACCUUCUACCGUAUGCAGGCGCUGGUAACCACACCCGAUGGGUGCAAUCUCUUCGUCACGGACGAGAKGGMMGGGAAUGGACUGGUUCGAUGGCUGAAGCUAGAGCGGCCCUGUAGCCUGGCAACAMGCGUGGAGGUGGUGGCAAAACACAACGGCAUAGGGUCGUCCAGCCUGGCCUUGCACAUAGCURAGGGUCGGGUAAGUCUCUUUCUUGGCUCGUCAGAUGGCGACGUGUUUCAGCUGGUAAUCAACGAGGAGCUUCUAGGGGGUUGCGGCUCUGACCAAUCUCCCCUCGGCAGCGGCAGCAGCCCGCCGCCAUCAUCGUCCUCCUCACUCCCCCUCCCCACUCCUUCACCUGCCGAUUCCCAACCGAACCUGCCGAAAUCACCGUCCUCACUCCCCGCCACAACUCCAUCUGCCAAAACGAAAUCGAACCUAGCGCUCAUCAUCGCUCUGUCCUUGGGUGGAGUCGGCUUAACGACAGUCCUUGCCCUUCUAGGCGCUUUCUGCUACAAGAAGCAGGCUAGCGGACAGAAGUCGCGAUCCCGACAGGGUGAGCCGCAGGCUGGGAUAGCCUCCACCGAUGCCCCCUCGAGGGCCAGCUCGUUGGUAACUGCCGCGUCGGGAUCUUCUCCAUCCGUCGGGAGCGGGAGCACGGUGGACGGGUCGUCCUCGGCCACUCCCGACGAUCGAUCGAGGCGCAAGCGAUUGGAGCUCUCUCCGUCCAACGUGCAGCGCUUCGAGCUGAAGAGCUUGGCAGACUGCACGGACGACUUCCAUCCCUCCAAGCUCAUUGGCGACAAGGGGGCGUUUGGCGUAGUCUACAGGGGUUCCAUUGACGGAAGGGAGCUGGCCAUCAAGGUGGUGACGGGCGAGUUGACGGACGUCAAGAAGGCACAGCUCGUUGCAGAGGUGAACACUCUGAGCAGGUUGAACCAUGCCAACCUCGUCGAACUCGUUGGGUAUUGUCAGGAGGGAGAGAAAUCCAUCUUGGUCUACCCUUACUACGCGGGGGGAAGUUUGCAGCAGCGAUUGCACGCCGAUAGGAUAGAGACAGAAGAAGAAAAAGAGCAAGAACAGGGAAAAGAAGGACAACGACAAGAAGCCCUUGUGCACAACAACGAGAACAAGCAUGAUUUCUCACCGUUGACGAUAGAGGAGCGCAUGCGCAUCGCUUUCCAGAUUGCCAAAGGACUAAGCUACCUGCACGACGGCGCAAGGCCAGCUAUCAUUCACCGAGAUAUCAAGAGCAGCAACGUUCUGCUCGGGGAGGGAGAAGGGGACACCGUCGAGGCGGUCCUGGCCGACUUCGGUUUGGCGGCCAUCGGGGAGAGAGUGUUUGGCACAGGGUACGAGCACUUCGUGCAGACUUCGCACGUGGGGGGUACUUUCGGGUACAUGUCGCCCGAGUACAGGCUGUACGGCAAGCUGUCGGAGAAGAACGAUGUGUACUCCUUCGGCGUGCUUCUUCUCGAGCUGCUGACUGGGCGAAAGGCUGCCUGGCCGGCGGAAUCGGGGAUGGGAUGGGAGAUGCUGGCCACGUGGGUCGGCCCGUUCCUUUCAGGAGGAGGGGAUGAUGGAGAUGGGGAUCCCGAGAGUAUCGACGACAUGCCGUUGGCGAUUCUCGAUCCUUCCUGCCGCGACCAGGUGGCGCGUGCGGCUCCCGCCAAAACCAUGGUGAUGGAGGCCUUGUCCCUGGCGGGAGAUUGCGUCAACGACCAAGGCAGGCAUCGGCCCGCCAUGAGCAUCGUGGUGCAACGCCUUCGCGCCACAUACGCAGCGGAGCAGCGUGCCCGGUCCCAUAUUCGGCCACCUGCCACAAGUAUGCCUCUUGGAGGUGGUCACAUGGGACAUACACCGUACGCCACCCAAGUCGGUGGUGGGUAUGGCAUGGGCAGUGCACAUACAUUGUCGGUGGGAAGCGGUAUCGACUUCGCUGCUCACGUGUUCCCCGCGCAGCAGACGUUUGAUAUGGCGAGUGCAAUGCGCAAUGAUCGUCCUUGGUCCCCGCAAUCCAGCCAGACUUCCCAAUCGUCGCAUGCCAUGUACUCUAGCACCCCCACUCUGUUUAGUAGACGAUCACCUUCCACCUCCGGUCCUUCCACUGUGGACGCCGACGGACGUGACAUGGACAAUGCAUGGACGCUGCAUUGCGGGACUUCUGUCCCGUCGGGGUUCAACAGCGAUGCCGCAAAUGGCUACGAUGGUCAAGCGUGCGAGGAUAUGGAGGAUGACACCAGUAACGGAGAUGGAGAUGAUGUUGGCGAUGAGAAUGGCGAUGGAGGCGGUCGUCGGCGAUGGGGGGAGCAGCGGCGAUUGGAGGAGGAGAAAGAUGUGGUGGAAGAGGAAGAAGAAGAGGAGGAAGAGGAGGACAUGAAGGACAAGAAAGAAGAAGAUGAGGAGGAGAAGAGGGAAGUUAUGGCGGUGCCAGAACCCUCCCAAGUGGACAAGGAAGUGGGCAAAGCCAUGAUCUAUUAUGUCAUGGACGAGUUGUGCCUAGCCCGGAACAAUUCCAAAACAGACAGGCUGAUCUCCAUCAGGAACGCAAGUUUCUCGCUGGCUGAUCGAGCACCGUCACUCUUGGAUGCUAAUGACAACAACACGCUCGUAACCUACUGGUGGCCGGCUUCCUCGCCCAAUGGAACAAAGGUCUCUGAGCGGCCACUCGUGAAGUUGGGGAUGAACAUGAGCUCUUCGGUGGCUGGCCCGCCCGUCUUCUACGGCCUGGACGUGUCAAAAUCGCAGAGCAACCUGGUCGUCAGUUAUCAGCCCUACGAUGUCGGCGGGACGAGCAUCAUCACCUCUGUCUCUGUGAUAGAUGGGUCGCGCUCGUCAGUCAAUCCGGGUGUGAGCACGCUGGAGAGCUUGGCGCUCGAUCCCGCCAACAACACCCUGUAUUUAUCCGACAACUCCAAGACCUCCCCGAAGAUCCUCUCCGUGCCUGUGUCCGACUCAGGUCUUCCCACAGCUGGGGGCGACCUGUCCGAGGUGCUCAAUACGUUUGGGGAUCCCAAUGUCUCGUCGAUUAAUUUCGGUCACUACAGUUUCGUUUCGGGCGGGAGUUGUAUUUACUUCCGCGACGACAAGCAGAGGCGCGUGUGGGGUUUCGAUCCCCGACGCUCCUCCUCCACCGACGCCACGCUGGUGGCAGGAUUUGUAUUCCCGGGGUUGCUUGACGUGCAGAAUAUCGAUGACGCCAACACUACCUUCAACCGCAUGCAGGCGCUGGUAACCACACCCGAUGGGUGUAAUCUCUUUGUCACGGACGUGUCGGCACGGAAUGGAAUGGUUCGAUGGCUGAAGCUAGAGCGGCCCUGUAGCCUGGCAACAAGCGUGGAGGUGGUGGCAAAUCACAACGCCAUAGGGUUUUCCAGCUUGGCGUUACACAUAGCUGAGGGUCGGGUAAUUCUCUUUGCUGGCUCGUAUGAAGGCGAAGUGUUUCAGCUGGUAAUCAACGAGGAGGUUCUAGGGGGUUGCGGCUCUCGGCCUCCUCCCCUCGGCAGCAGCAGCAGCUCGCCGCCAUCAUCGUCCUCCUCACUCCCCCUCCCCACUCCUUCACCUGCCGAAUCCCAACCGAACCUGCUCAAAUCAACGUCCUCACUCCCCGCCACAACUCCAUCUCCCAAGCCUACAUCGAACCUAGUGCUCAUCAUCGCUCUGUCCUUCGGAGGAGGUGCCUUAACGACCGUCCUUGCUCUUCUAGGCGCUUUCUGCUACAAGAAGCAGGCUAGCGGACCGAAGUCGCGAUCCCGACUGGGUGAGCCGCAGGCUGGGCUAGCCUCCGCCAAUUCCCCCUCGAGGGACAGCUCGUUGGUAACUGCCGCGACGGGAUCUUCUCCGACCGUCGGGAGCGGGAGCACGGUGGACGGGUCGUCGUCGACCACCCCCAUCGAUCGAUCGAGGGGCAAACGAACGGAGCUCUCUCCGACCAACGUGCAGCGCUUCGAGCUGAAGAGCUUGGCAGACUGCACGGACGACUUCCAUCCCUCCAAGCUCAUUGGCGACAAGGGGGCGUUCGGCGUAGUCUACAGGGGUUCCAUGGACGGCAGGGAGCUGGCCAUCAAGGUGAUGACGGGCGAGUUGACUGACGUCAAGAAGGCACAGUUUGUUGCAGAGGUGAACACUCUGAGCAGGUUGAAUCAUGCCAACCUCGUUGAACUCGUUGGGUUUUGUCAGGAGGGAGAGAAAUCCAUCUUGGUCUACCCUUACUACGCGGGGGGAAGUUUGCAGCAGCGAUUGCACGCCGACACGAUAGAGACAGAAGAACAAAAAGAGCAAGAACAGGGAGAAGAAGUACAAGGACAUGAAGCCGUUGGGCACAACCACGAGAACAAGCAUGAUUUUUCACCGUUGACGAUAGAGGAGCGCAUGCGCAUCGCUUUCCAGAUUGCCAAAGGACUAAACUACCUGCACGACGGAGCAAGGCCGGCGAUCAUUCACCGAGAUAUCAAGAGCAGCAACGUUCUGCUAGGGGAGGGAGAAGGGGACAUGGUCGAGGCGGUCGUGGCCGACUUCGGCUUGGCGGCCAUCGGGGAGAGAGUUUUUGGCACAGGGUACGAGCACUUCGUCGAGACUUCGCACGUGGGGGGUACUUUCGGGUACAUGUCGCCCGAGUACAGGCUGUACGGCAAGCUGUCGGAGAAGAACGAUGUGUACUCCUUCGGCGUGCUUCUCCUCGAGCUGCUGACUGGGCGAAAGGCUGCCUGGCCGGCGGCAGCGGGGAUGGGAUGGGAGAUGCUGGCCACGUGGGUCGGCCCGUUCCUUUCAGGAGGAGGGGAUGAUGGAGAUGGGGUUCCCGAGGGGAUCGACGACAUGCCGUUUGCGAUUCUCGAUCCUUCCUGCCGCGCUCAGGUGGCGCGUGAGGCUCCGGCGAAAACCAUGGUGAUGGAGGCCUUGUCCCUGGCGGGAGAUUGCGUCAUUGAGCAAGGCAGGCAUCGGCCUGCCAUGAGAAUCGUGGUGCAACGCCUUAGCGCCUCAUGUCAGCAUGCAGGGAUAGCCUUGUGAAAUUCAACUCUUUCCAUCCCGCAUCAAUUCAAUGGCCCCUACACAGU